GGUACUUCUAUUUCCGCUAAGCUGAUAGAAUACCUAACCAAAUCAACAACUUAGAUCCCACUUUAUCCAUCACACUGUUUUUGUGUAUUGGACAACCCUUCAGUGAGAACUUAUCUGAGAGGGCUAUUAAUCACUGACAAGAUGUAUACAAAGACUGUUUCGACUUUGAAGUUUGUGGGAUCGAUUUCCCUUGGCCUACUUACUGGCGUUUCCUAUACCCUUUCAUCCCUCACUAUUCCUGCCUUCCUGACCCUCCCGUCCGCCACUCUCGCAUCUCGUUCCUACAGCUCCCUGACUACUCUCGCCACAACACAUACUCGGGCGCUUACAUGGAUUUCAUCAUGGUCUUUCCUUCUCGCCUUUUAUUUCUCACCGCGAGGACAAAGACAUCCAUAUCUCCUCUGGACCUCGCUCUUCGCUGCCUCAAGCUCAAUCGUCGAUAAACUCAUCCCGCUUGCUAUAGGCUCCACAGGUCCAAGACGCAUUGCACAGAAGAAACGAUCAAAGAAGCCUAUGAGCCCCAGACAAAUGGAUGCAAGUUACGAGGUUUUGAGCAAGAGCGCGAGAGAUUAUGAAAGUGCGGGGUUGGCGAGUAGUGAGGAGGAAAUGGAUGAUAAUGUCAACGGAGAAGAAGUGAGAGAGGAGAUGGAGGGCUUCAUGGCCAGCCAAGUCGUCAGGACUGUAGUCGCUGGCUUGGGCUUUGCGAUGAGUGUUGUGGGUAUUUGGGGAGAUGGAGGUUUUACUGAGGUCGUUUUUGUGGAUGUUGUGUAGCUGGGGAUGAGAUGGGUUGAGAGUACGGUUACGAGGAAUGCGAUAUGAGGUAAAUACAACGAAUUAUAUGAUAUUGACGAAAGACGAGGCGUAACUUUGAUGCGAGCUCUGGGUUAGCCCUGAAGCUUGUAGGAUGGGAUGGGUCGGGUGGUUUAUAGGCGCGAUGGGGCAGCAAACAAUAAAUUCCCAUUCUUUCAUUAUGUAUCGAUGUUGAAACCUCUUUAUUGACUGCAAAAUUUGCUUCUGUCUCAACGUUUGAAUUCUGGGCUUCUCUGUCUAGUAAUCCGACAAUGACCUAAGAAUUGGACCUGUCUGUUGUUUCAGUAUACUACGAACAUUCAUGAAAACUUGAUAUUGAAGGCAACGACUUUGAAAUGCACUUUUUUUUUAAAUGUUACUACCGUUCUUCAUCCCCUACAUCUCUAUAUCACUUUUCUGUAGAGUAGUUAUCUCAAACCAUCUCUACAGUAUACAUUUCCAGACUUUUGAACUCCGAGAUUCCUUCAAAUAUGUGAAGACUUAUAUUCUAUAUGUAAAGACUUAGCAAAUUACUUUCACACCCCCUAAAUAUCAUUUAAUUA